AUGUAGAGAACGAUUGUUUACUAUGCGUUUAAAAUAAUGGAUGGCCUCUUUGUUGGAAAUAGCCGUGCGCCAUUAGUAUAAACUAUAUUUUUAUAUAUGAUGAGGAAAGAGAGUUUUUGUUGAUGAACAAAAUAAAUUACGUAAUUAAUUGUGCAGCCUCAGAACUAACAUAUAAUGGCGUCGGGAACUGCCUCUGCUUCUAUUGGAGAGACUCAGAAGAACAAGUAAAGUAUUCAAUAGAUUUAGAACAUUGUUACAAUUGAGAACAUUGAAAAAAUCAAUGAGUUUAUUGAAGAAGCCAAUAAUAAUGGGGAAGGUGUUUUGUUUUUCUCGCUCAGGGGAUAGAGUAGAGCUCUAACAGCCUUGACAGCAUAUUUAAUGUACAAGUAAAUUUAUCACUGAAUUUAAUAGAUAUAGUUGGUGUUUGCAUAAAACACUUUAAUUCUUGAAUACAAGAAGGAAAGACUUUGAAAUUAGUAAAUAGUUUCUAAAAUAAUUAAUCAAUUUCUAGAACGAUCAUUUUAAAGGGAAAGAAUUAAGUAAGAAAUGGGAAAACAUUGAAGAAAAUUAAGAAAUUUAGGUUAUAUAAAAUACUUAUUUGAAUUCGUUACAGCAACCUCCGAUAAUUUAAAAAACUAUUGCAAGUUUUUCAAACCCAAAUGGAACAAAACAAAAUGUAACUUGGUCUAUAAACUUAAUCUAAUAAAUCUAAACAAUAGAAGUAAAAGAAGAAAAAUAACACCUAAAAGAGUUGAAAUCUAUUUUAAAAGGUUCUUCUAAACUUUUAGUCAAGGACUAAUAAAUAAGAUCCAUAUCAGUAAACGAUAAUUCAAAAUUAAGUUUAGAAGAUUUUAUUAUGCAAAAUUUGUUAAUCACAAAAAAGUUACAAACACCCAAAAUUAAUAGUUUUAGUUUUGAGAAUAAGGGAAAAAAGAAAGACUUAAUAGAAGGAAUAAUGUCUUAGCAUAAAACCAGACCAAAACGGCCAUAACAUUUUACUCCUGAAAGAUAAAGAAUUAUGUAGAAUACUAAAUAGAUUAUGGAUACAUACCUAAAUUCGCAAAUCAAUAAUAUGUAUUUAAUGAGGGGCAGAUCCAUCUAUACUCCUUAGAAAGAAAGAAUAAGAGCAGUUUCCUAAUAAAAUUAAAGUCCAAACAAAACUCCUAGUCUAUCAAAGUAAUCUUUUUUUAUUGAAAAUCAAAAUGUGAACUUUAUGAAGUGGAGUUUAGCUAAAAAAUUGCCUUAAUUUAAAAUAAAAUGA